GGCUGCUGCCUCUGUGGGUUCAGGCAGACGACUGUGGAUGUUCCUACUUUGUUCCCUGCCUCCGAUUGGUCCCUGAGGUCACAUGAGGGCUCGGGGGCUGGAAUUCUGAGUUGUGGCUUUGGCACUCCUUUUUCUUUUUUAAAAAUCGCUCUGUCUGUUGAGCUCUCCUGGGCUUGGUGCCUUACUCUUUGACUGAGACUGGAGACGACGAAACAGCCACCAGCAGGCAGACCGAGGUGACACUUGGACAGCCAGCCAGGAUGUUCAGUCAGGUGCCCAGGACCCCAGCUUCAGGCUGCUACUACCUAAAUGCCAUGUCACCUGAGGGCCAGGAGAUGUACUUGCGAUUUGAUCAGACUGCAAGACGCUCCUCGUACAGGGUCAGCCGGAUCCUAGCACGCCAUCAGCUAGUGACAAAAAUCCAGCAAGAAAUUGAGGCGAAGGAAGCAUGUGACUGGCUCCGCGCUGCUGGCUUCCCGCAGUACUGUCAGCUCUACGAGGAUUCACAAUUCCCCAUCAACAUCGUGGCCGUCAGGAAUGAUCAUGAUUUUCUUGAGAAGGACCUUGUAGAACCUCUUUGCAGACGACUAAAUACACUGAACAAGUGUGCCUCAAUGAAACUUGAUGUGAACUUCCAAAGGAAAAAGGGUGACGACUCCGACGAGGAAGAGCUUUGUCUCAGCAACAAAUGGACUUUCCAGAGAACCAGCCGGAGGUGGUCUCGCGUGGACGACCUGCACACGUUGUUUCCAGGAGGAGACAGAAAUGGGUCGUUGGGAGACCUUAGGAUGAAAGCCACGCCCAGCAGCGAGAGUGUGCUCACCGAGCUGAGCGAGCCCGAGGUCUCCUCGGUGCACAGCGGGAGCAGCGCAGGCAGUGAGGGCCAGGGCCAGCCGGGGAAGCCCAGCACCAGCCGCGAGGCCUGGGACUGCCCGGCCCAGCCCUGGGCGGAAGGCCUGAUCAUGCUGGACGCCACGCCUGCCCACAGCCUCCUCUCGCCGUCCCACAGAGACACUGCCAACCACUCUUUCCACCCAAAGAAUGAGAAGCCAGGGAGGACCAGAGCAAAGUCGUUUCUGAAGCGCAUGGAGACCCUGCGUGCCAAAGGGGGCCCCGGGAGGCACAAGGGGUCAGGGCGGACGGGGGCCUUGGUGAUCAGUGGGCCCGUGCUGCAGCAGGAGUCCGAAGCCUUGAAGACCCUACUGUGUGUGCAGAUGCCGAACGGAGACCUCCAGCUCCCAUCCCCAGGGGCCUCCAAGAAGUCCAGCAAGUCCAGCAGUGAGUCAGAGAUCAGCAGCAGCCAGGUGAGCACCCCCUGCCUACAGGAACGGAAGUGCCACAAGGCCAACAAGCGAGGGGGCAUGUACCUGGAAGACCUGGACGUGCUGGCAGGGACAGCACUGCGGGAGCCCGGGGACCACACACACGCCUUCCAUUCCCAGGAGGACUUGGUGGUGCAUAUUCCCAAGGACCACAAACCAGGCACUUUCCCCAAGGCCCUUUCCAUCGAAAGCCUUUCGCCUACUACAGACAGCAGCAACGGGGUUAACUGGAGGACCGAGGGUCUCUCUCUGGGCAAACAGAAGGGCCCCAAUGCCAGGGAGCCCCAGCUCAUGGCCUCCUGUCCCAGAGAGAGCCGGGUGAGCAUCUACGACAACGUCCCCAGCUCCCACUUAUACGCCAGCACGGGAGACCUUCUGGACCUGGAGAAGGAUAACCUUUUCCCCCAUCUAGACGACAUUCUGCAGCAGGUCAAUGGGCUGCAAGAGGUGGUGGAGGACUGGUCCAGGGGCAUCCUGCCUGAACUGCAAACCCGUGAAGGGCUGGCUGGAGAGCCUGGGGCGGCCCCCGUCCCAGCUCCGAGCCAGAUCGCCUUAGAUUUCGAAGGGAAUUCCAUCUCCGAAGGCCAGACCACCCCCAGCGAUGUGGACAGAGAUGGAACCUCUCUGGUUGAAUCCGACGCCCCUGGGGUCAGAGAAAGGAGGGAUUCCGGGGUAGGGGCCUCGCUAACCAGGCCAAACAGGCAUCUCCGGUGGAGCAGUUUCCAGCUCUCGCACCAGCCCCAGCUGUCCACAGCGUCCCGUCUCAUCAGCAGCCAGACGGCCGGCCAGCUCAACCUGCUGCAGCGGUUCUCCCUGCUGCGCCUGACGGCCACCAUGGAGAAGUACUCCAUGUCAAACAAGCACGGCUGGACGUGGUCCAUGCCAAAGUUCAUGAAGAGGAUGAAAGUUCCCGAUUACAAAGACAAGACUGUCUUUGGCGUUCCUCUCAUAGUUCACGUCCAGAGAACGGGGCAGCCCCUGCCUCGGAGCAUUCAGCAAGCACUGAGGUAUCUGCGCAGCAACUGCCUCGAUCAGGUGGGCCUUUUCCGAAAGUCGGGAGUGAAGUCUCGGAUCCAAGCAUUACGCCAGAUGAAUGAGAACUUCCCUGAGAACGUCAGCUAUGAAGACCAGUCAGCUUACGACGUGGCGGACAUGGUGAAACAGUUCUUCCGGGACCUCCCAGAGCCACUCUUCACCAACAAGCUCAGCGACACCUUCCUCCACAUUUACCAGUACGUCCCCAAAGAGCAGCAGCUGCAGGCAGUGCAGGCCGCCAUCUUGCUGCUGGCUGACGAGAACAGGGAGGUCCUCCAGACACUGCUGUGCUUCCUCCAUGAUGUCGUCAGCUUGGUGGAGGAGAAUCAGAUGACACCCAUGAACCUGGCCGUGUGUCUGGCCCCCUCCCUUUUUCAUCUUAAUUUAUUGAAGAAAGAAAGCUCUCCAAGAGUCAUACAGAAAAAAUACGCCACAGGGAAGCCAGACCAGAAGGACCUCAACGAGAACCUGGCCGCUGCACAGGGGCUGGCCCACAUGAUCGUGGAGUGCGACCGGCUGUUUGAGGUCCCUCAUGAGAUGAUAGCACAGUCACGAAGCUCAUACAUGGAGGCUGAAAUCCAUUCUCCAACUCUGGAAGACCUGGGGAAGCAUCUGGAGGAGAGCGGAGCGACAUUCCAUGCGUACCUGGAGCAUCUGGUCCAGGGCCUCCAGAAAGAAGCCAAGGAGAAGUUCAAAGGAUGGGUCAUCUGUCCCAGUAUAGACAAUACAGACCUUGCUUUCAAAAAGGUGGGCGACAGGCACCCGCUGAAGCUGUGGAAGGCAUCUGUGGAGGUGGAAGCACCCCCCUCGGUCGUCCUGAACCGGGUGCUGAGAGAGCGGCACCUCUGGGAUGAGGACUUUGUGCAGUGGAAGGUGGUGGAAGCGCUGGACAAGCAAACGGAGGUCUACCAGUAUGUGCUGAACAGCAUGCCCCCCCACCCGUCCAGGGACUUCGUGGUCCUCAGGACCUGGAGGACGGAUCUGCCCAAAGGGAUGUGCACCUUGGUGUCCAUGUCAGUGGAGCAUGAGGAAGCCCAGCCGAUGGGUGGCGUGCGUGCAGUCGUGAUGGACUCUCAGUACCUGAUAGAGCCGUGCGGCUCCGGAAAGUCGAGACUGACCCACAUCUGCAGGGUCGACCUCAAGGGUCACUCCCCAGAGUGGUACAACAAAGGCUUUGGACAUCUGUGUACAGCGGAAGUUGCCAGGAUCAGAAACUCUUUUCAGCCCCUCAUUGCUGAGGGUCCAGAAACUAAAAUCUGAGUCUUCCCCCAAGUGGGUCAUCAAGCUCAGGGAAGAGGAAGUAAAAGCAGACACUUGUGGGACAGCGUGAACAUGUGGCAGCAAGAGAGAGAUCAGCAGGUGUGCUUCAUGCUGAAAAUGGACACGCCACACAGUCGGAAUGUCCAAGACACAAGAAGGUGUGAGAACUGUUCCUAGCCCUCCUGGAGAAGGCUAUAUCCCUACUAAUAUAAUAUUUUUAAAAAUCAGAACAUUUAUCUAUGUUACUUAAAAUUAAAUAGAUUAUUCCUUGUGCAUUGCCUAAUUUGCUAUUUAAAGGCUUCCAAGAAGCAUAUUCUUAACUGUAAAUAAAUGUAUGUACAGCAUAUGUGUGCAUAUCUCUAUCUUUACUGUAUAUAUGUAAGAUACCGAUUUUAUACGGAGCUGAGCUCUUUGAAAAGCGGCGCUUGACUCAGUGAACCAGUCCUCAUGGAGCUUUUUCCAUCGUCUCCCCACUGCAAUAGACACCAAGCAGUGUCUGCUGCCGACCCCAAGGGGUGAAAAUGUCACCUGUCAGUCUGCCUUGAUGUCUAACCAAAGAUUCGCUAACCAAAGGGAAAUAACACUCAAAGGUUCUUGUGUGUCGACUGUGUCACUCGAAAACUGAGAGUGGAGUGUUGAAUAAAGGUGAAGAAAGGGAUAUCUUUCUCUAAAAGCAGAGCAGUAUGUGAGAAGUUAUGACCAAAUUUAAGGCUAGGUCACAAGCUGCCACUAGGCCUGGCCAGAUGUG